AUGUCCUUGUAUCCAGACCAUGUUAAACCCAACCUUGUCAAGUCUGAUUUCCAGUCUGAGUGUUCACAGCUGCUACCUAGGGAUGACAUGAGAUGUGGGAGCAAUCAAAUCCUUGUAACAGGCACAUUUUUUUUUUUUUUUUUUUUUUUUUUAUCUGCAGUUGUAAUUUUUCUGUCAAAGCUAUUAAGAAAUAAUAGAAAUUUAAAGAAGGAAGAGAUUGAGACGUUUUCUGAAGAACUGAGCAGGAUUCUGUAUGAUAAGUAUGUCAAUCACUGGUACACAGAGACGCCGACUAAAGGACAAGCAUAUAGAUGUAUCCGUGUGAACAGAUGUCAGGGUUUUGAUCCAGACCUCCAGAAGGCUUGUUUCAACAGUGGUUUACUGUAUGAAGACUUGGGGUUACCCAAAGAAAUGACAUUAUGGGUGGAUCCGUGUGAAGUGUGCUGCAGGUAUGGGGAGAAGAACCCUCCUUUUGUGGUGGCCAGCUUCGACAGCAGUGAUGAUGACAAGAUGGAGAUUUCUCAGAAAGUGAAUUAUGCCGUGGAGAAAGUGACAUCAGAUUAUCAUUCCGGAUCUUCAUCAGACGACGAAGUGUAUAUAAGUCACCAAAAGACUCUGCCCUCUCCAGUAACGCCCAGAAUGUGUGAUGUUUACCAGGUGCCUGAGUUUGUGCCGCAACUGAAUCUUCCCAUGUGGAUCAAGAACCCAAAGAGGAGGCAGAGUUCCCAUUACCAAUAUCAGCCGCGAUUGGUGCCCGGCUACCAGCAAGGAAGGAAUAAGGUUUAUGGGCAAAUGCCAUGGAUACCGCCUGUGAUGCAGAAUGAAGGGAACCACUGGACGAAUCUACAUAUGCUGAGUGCUGGCCGCCAGUGCUUAGCCUAAGGAACAAAGUGCAGUCACAAUACGGAGGUAGAGCGUACACGUGUGCAUAGCACCAAGGUUAACAUGCAGCUGU